AUGCAUUCAUUUACUAUUUUAAUUAUCAAAAAAAUUUUCGUACCAGCUGAAAAUUUGGACACUAGCGACGUCUGUGAGCGGAUUGUAAUGUCGGCGCUGCGUUACCACAACAUAACCAUGUCUGAAAACGGUUCAGUGUGCCUGCUGGGUAAAUUCCACAACGUUUUGUACGUAGCCGCAAAACUGUGCUACGACUGGAACCUAACCAACAAUAUAAUAGUCUCCCGGUUGCUCAACGACAUCUAUUACUGCGAGCAAACCUUCGAACGGAUAUUUGUGGGCGCCAUCUUUGGAAUUCGCGUGACGCAUUUUUUGUCCGGUUGGAAAAGCGAUUUUGAAGACCGAGAGGAAAAUUUGCGCGCUUUAAUAUAUUUCUUAGACCACGCCAUCAUCGGGAGACUUGAAUACAAAUCAACGGCAACGAGAAUAAAGAGAAGAUUUAUUGACGUGCCCAUGGAGUCUUACGGACAAGUGUUGCCUCUGAGAGUCGCAAUCCAAAAUGGCGCGCCCGACAUUUUGUUGAUCAUGUUGAGGUACGGCGCGUCGACUGAAUCUGACACUUUAGCGCCUUCUCCGCUGGAAAUUUUGCUAACAAAAUUAAAUGAGUAUGACAUGAAGGAAGAAAAUGGCGGAGCAGUGAAGGAAAUUCCAGAAAAUUUGGUUACUUGUAUGAGAUUUAUCCUUCGAACCGUUCCAACGGCAACUGUUAAGACUCCGGAACAUAUCGCGAACUCUUGUGGUUUAACGCAUGUUAGUUUGUAUGAACAAUAUCCGCAAUUAGUAGAGAGAAAUUUGGUGCCGAAAGAGAGAAGUGGAUUAGUGCCACCGGAGUUGAGGCAUCUGUGUCGAUGCUGUAUUAGACAGAGGUUGUUUGAAAAUUGGGCGCUGCCUCAUGGUAUUAAAACUUUGCAUAUUCCGAGGGGGUUACAAAGUUAUCUUGAUUUAAUGGCUGAUUAA